AUGGCAGAGCCUUCCACGGAGUCACCGCCAUGGAAAAGCAUGGCCGGCAGCUCCACACCGCCAAAGCGAUCAAUGAGGAGUGCUACCUCCGGCGUCAAGGUCAAACCAAAUAUCGCAAAUAGUCAAAAGGCCCAACGACAGCCCCUUGCCCAGGAGCAGCGCAAGAAGGAAAAGGCCCAGUCUGCUGCCCAAAAGCAACGCGAAAAGGACGAUACCCAGCCUGCUGCGGCCGCCCAGGACCAGCGCGAGGACGAGGCUCGGACUGAGACCCUAGCUGAUCUUCUAGCCAAUCAAGAGGUGCUAUUCCUGUAUAGGGAGACGGCUUCCUUAAGACAACGUGGGCAAGAAGGCACCUUGCAUGCUCCUAUGUGGCAGGACGAAUUCCUAUGUGGUGAUUUCGAUACAAGCGUACUCGGCUCUCAAAUGUACGCCGCCAUAGACGAGCAUGAUUACGACGACGAUGUUAUCUCGUACACCGCUGAGAUCCGAUCCCAUCACUACAGAUCUAUCAAGCAGAAGCGUACUGUGGCGGAUCUCUCCUCUGAAGUAUCGAUUGAAGUCGUCGAGACUAACCUGAAGGAUUAG